AUGACAGCUACGGAACAGUGGAUAUUCCUUUGUGCUGCCCAUAAGAAUCCAAAAGAGUGUUCGGCUAUCGACUACACAAGACAUACACUUGAUGGUGCAGCAUCACUCCUUAACAGUAACAAGUAUUUCCCGAGUCGAAUAAAUAUUAAGGAAUCGUCACUAUCGAAAUUGGGUUCUGUGUGUCGACGAGUGUACAGGAUAUUUUCACAUGCUUAUUUCCAUCAUAGACAAUUAUUUGAUGAAUUCGAAAACAGCACUCAUCUUUGCAAACGAUUCACCACCUACGUGACGAAAUACAACUUGAUGGCUCAGGAGCAUCUGAUCGUUCCUAUUCUACCAAGUCAGCAAUCGUAG